AUGGGCAAAAGUGUUAAUGUGGCAUAUUUUGAUUUCUCGAAGGCCUUCGACCGUGUGCCUAGACGAUACUUAUUAUAUAAGUUACAACAUUUUGGAAUACAAGGUGCUUUGAGUGCUGCAGUUCAAGUAAUUAGUGGUGUACCUCAAGGGUCGGUACUUGAUCCAAUUCUUUUUCUAGUUUAUACCGCUGACCCAAAGUUCUCUAUAAACUCUUCGCAAUCUGUUCUUAAAUGGUCAGAACAAUGGGCUUUACCAUUAAAUAGAGACAAGUGUACCAUUUUAUAUCUAGGUUCUAAAAAUUGUAAGCAUACAUAUCACAUGGGAGAGGGAUGUAACUUUACUAGAAAAUGUCCAGCGUCGAGCAACAAGAUUACCCUUUGGACGAAAUGGGCCUGCAAUACUCUUUCCUGUGACGAAGCCUUUUCUAUUUUCUCAGUCAGACUUGAAGAAAUGACGAAGAAGAAUACUGUUGUCUGCCGUACCAAAUACAACGUAAGAAAACCCUGGAUUGCCAAUCAUUUUUUAAAAAGGUCUAUAGAAAAGAAAAAAUUGUGGAACAAAUUUAAAGUUACGAGCUUGCAGGCUGAUUUUGAACAACACCGGAGGUUUUCAAAUAAGUUAAAGAGUGAUCUUAAAGCAGCUAGAGUGAAGUACGAAAAAAACCUUGCAAAAAAUGGACAACAAGCUGUGUAUAAGUACGUUAGAUGUAAAAUGUUAUCCAAAGUUUCUGUUCCCCUCGUUCGUGACUGCAACAAUGAACUAGCAACAAAUGAAUUUGAGUCGCCUAAUUUACUUGCUACAUUCUUUAACAAUGUUUUUCUUAAUGAGCUAAUUAAUAAUAUUCCUCAUUAUACUCAUAUUCAAGUCCCUGAUAGUUUACUUGUGAUAGAGUUCACAAAAGAAGCUGUACAGGGGGAACUAGCUAAGCUCUCGGAUAAAAAUUCACCAGGUCCUGACGGUUUUUCAUCACAUCGUCUCAAACGUUGUGCAUCUGCAAUUGCUGAACCCUUAUCCUUCAUCAUGCAAUGCUCUUUUCAGUCAUCUAUUUGGCGUCACGCCCUGACUACGCCAAUAUACAAGAAAGGCGAUAAAACUGUAGUUGCAAACUACCGCCCUAUUAGUUUGACCUGUAUUUGUGUCAAAAUCAUGGAGUGCAUAAUCCGAGAACAACUUCUGCAAUUUCUCAAUAGACACAGUUGUUUAAACAUCUGGAGAUCUCAUUUAGACAAAUCGGAACCAGUUCACGUCGUCUACCUAGAUUUUGAAAAAGCCUUCGAUCGAGUCCCUCACAGACGCCUUUUGCUCAAGCCAGAACAUGCGGGAGUCAAAGGACUAUUGCUGGAGUGGAUAAAGGCGUUCCUUUCCAAUCGUACAUUCUUAGUCAAAGUUGGAACUUCGUACUCUGAUACCAAAUACGUGGGGUUGAAAUCGAGAAACGCUUUUUAUGCUGAUGAUGGAAAAAUAUUUUGUAACCAAUUAGCAGCCUCUGUAUCAUUGCAAGAGGAUCUUGACUUUAUUUAUGCAUGGACCACCUUCUGGCUAUUACCUCUUAAUACCAACAAAAAUCCUCGAGUUCAAUACAGCAUUAACAAUUCUGUGCUAGAAUUAGUAGAUCAAGUAACUCAUUUAGGUGUGAUAUUGGAUAACGGUUUAACCUUUGCUACACAUGCUGCUCACAUCGUCAAGCGUGCCAACCCCACAGCAUAUCUUCUUAACAGAACGUUUGGAUCACUUGAUCAGGCACUCUUUAAACUACUGAUUGUUGCUAUGUACUGCGAUGAUGACUCAUCAUGUGGUGUCCAGAUGGGCGAGCGGCGGUCGCUAAAGAAAGGCCUGGAAGCAGAAGUCGCGAUGGAUUCCAGAAAGACCUCGAUCACGAAACCUCUACAAAAAGAGCGCUGA